UCCAAACUUUCAAUCCUCCACUCCGAUCAAUUAAACAUGGCUACUUCCGUCUUGCCAUCGGCCUACCAAACGUCGGCGUCGGCCCCAGACUGGCUCAACAAAGGCGACAACGCAUGGCAAAUGAUCUCGGCCACCCUUGUAGGACUCAUGAGUGUACCGGGCCUUGUUAUACUUUAUGGAAGCAUAGUUAAGAAAAAAUGGGCAGUUAACUCGGCUUUCAUGGCUCUUUACGCCUUCUCAGCCGUCAUCAUUUGUUGGGUUACGUGGGCUUAUAAGAUGUCGUUCGGCGAGAAGCUACUACCCUUUUGGGGCAGAGCCGGCCCGGCCCUUGGUCAGAAGUUUCUUAUUAAGCAGGCUGCCUUGCCGGCCUCUGCUCACUACUACCAAAAUGGAACCCUUGAAACGGGAAUGAUCACGCCUUUCUAUCCAAUGGCGUCGAUGGUGUGGUUUCAAUGCGUGUUUGCAGCAAUAGCAUUAAUCUUGUUGGCAGGAUCUUUGCUUGGAAGGAUGAAUAUCAAGGCUUGGAUGGCUUUCGUGCCAUUGUGGCUAACAUUCUCGUAUACAGUCGGGGCGUUUAGCUUGUGGGGUGGCGGUUUCUUGUUUCAUUGGGGUGUUAUGGACUAUUCGGGUGGUUAUGUCAUUCAUCUGUCUUCAGGAGUUGCUGGUUUUACUGCUGCUUAUUGGGUAGGACCAAGAUUGAAAGUCGACAGAGAAAGGUUUCCACCAAACAAUGUAUUGAUGACAUUGGCCGGAGCAGGGCUGUUAUGGAUGGGUUGGGCUGGCUUCAACGGCGGAGAUCCAUACACUGCCAACAUUGACUCCUCCAUGGCCGUUCUUAACACCAACAUCUGUGCUGCCACUAGUCUCCUCGUCUGGACCUGGCUCGAUGUCAUUUUCUUUGGUAAACCAUCAGUCAUUGGUGCUGUUCAAGGCAUGAUUACUGGACUAGUUUGUAUCACCCCUGGAGCGGGUCUUGUUCAAGGAUGGGCUGCUAUCGUUAUGGGGGUUCUAUCUGGGAGUGUUCCGUGGUUCACCAUGAUGGUGGUUCACAAGAAAUGGACGUUGCUGCAAAAAGUUGAUGACACCCUUGGCGUAGUUCACACCCAUGCAGUGGCGGGAUACCUUGGAGGCAUUCUUACGGGUGUAUUUGCUGAGCCCACUCUUUGCUCACUCUUUUUACCAGUGACGAACUCACGGGGUGGUGUGUAUGGUGGUUCAGGUGGCGUGCAGGUACUGAAACAGAUGGUUGGUGGAGCGUUUAUUAUUGGAUGGAACAUAGUGGCUACGUCGAUAAUCUGUAUAGUGAUUGGUCUUGUAAUACCUCUACGGAUGUCUGAUGAGCAGUUGUUGAUUGGAGAUGAUGCUGUUCAUGGCGAGGAGGCGUAUGCAUUGUGGGGAGAUGGGGAGAAGUAUGAUGGGACAAAACACGGAAUGUAUUCUGAUGACACGACACACCACCGGCAGGCAAGCGGAGCUACCCAGGUUCUUUAAAGCCAUGGAUCAACACAAGACGACGUUAAUUACAAUCAUUGUUGUAUGUAAUAUGCUUGACAUGGUCUCUCUCAUGUGUAUGUGUUUGUAAGUAAGAGAACCCACAUUUUAUUAUGAAAUUGCAUUGCGUAGUGGUUCAAGGAUAUAAACUUGAUACAGAUAACCAAAAAUUAUGCGUGCAUAAUUUGGUUGUUCAGCCAGUCAGGUAACAUAUGCGAAAAUAAUUUUCACCAUACCAAACAGCCCAGUUCCAAAUGUACUAAACUAGUAAGUCAAUUCAAUUCUUCCGAAAACUUUCAACC